CGAUAGACCCACCCGAUUCAACCCUGCAUAUUGAUGGCGGAUUGACGCUCUUUUGCCUGGCAAAAUAAAUUUUCUUUAUAAAGAAAAGAUCUUUCCAGUGUCGGAGCGUUUUUGGUCAGCCAUGAGACGGCGCAGCGAGCGAAAAAAGUCGUCGUCCCCUGCUCCAAUGCCGGUGACAGUUGCACGGCGAAGUCGUCGCUCCCGCAAGGUCUCCGAAAACGAGAAGACUGAGGACGAAACUCCAGUUGCGGCACAAAAGGAUAUUCCAGACACCGAAGCCUCAACAUUGCGCAGCGAAGAAAUCAAUGAGGGUCGUGCCUCCAGCGAGGAACGUGCCGGAUCUGGAUCAUCCCCAGUGCGCAAGAGCCGCGGCAGCCGAACGACUCCCAAAAAGCGGACGGAGAGCAAGGGUGGCGAUAAGAAGGUUGACACAAUACCCGAGGAGGAGCCGGAGAAUGGACAGGAUGGGCCCAGAGAUAGCGUGGACGUAGAAAAGGCUGUGGAGCCGCCCAUUGUUAAAGAGAGCGAGUUCCAAAACCUUGCCAAGAAGGAGGAUCAGCUGACUCUAGCAGAAGAAUCCCAAACAGAGCCCGCAGACAAGGAUAAGGAAGUUGAAAAAGAGGAUGAAAAACCGCACCAGGAUGUCCCAGAUGGCGAAGAUGACAGCAGCAAGCAGAGCGAGCCAGUUCAAGAGGUAAAAGUUCCUUCUCCUUCUAGUAAGGAUGAGGAACAGCUAAAAACGUCAAGCGAUGUAUUAGACAUUCAGACAGAAGAGGUCGAGGAAAGGGAUGAAGAAGCGCCAAGGAGCAGGGAGUCAAAGAAGAAGCACAAGGAACAGAAGCAGGAAGAACAAGCCGCGGAGGAAGAAGAGCAAAAGGAGAACCGGAAGCAGCAAGAGGAAAAAUCAGAACAAGCUCAGGACCAACCAUCAAGUAUUCCGAAUGACAAGCACGAAGCAUCCGUAAAUAGCACCACAUCAAAUAUAACAUCCGCUCCAGUGCUGCAGCAACAGCGAUCGGUGCGGAAGCGAAAGUGGUUGACAAAUAAAAAGUCUUUGGAUCGUGCUCCCCCCGUGCUUGCAAUUUCAACCGAUUCUCUGAAGAACAUUAUAGCCGAUGUCGUGCAGCCGGUUCCUCUCAGCGAUGUACAACUAGAAUCCUCUUCUGAAGAGGAGGGUUUAGUUACUAGUGAUCGCGAUUCCGAUCGAUCUGUUUCGCCGACGGCCACCUCUGAAAUGCGUAAUGAUCGCGAAACUGAGGAUAAUGCUGUUACCACCUGCAAUACCACUGCAGAGGCGACAACAGAUAAGGAGGGAGCAGGACCCGGAUCUACCGGCCGAAUCACUCCGCCGGCAGCCACAGAGACGGUGGCGGCACAGGGCAGCCUGAGCAAAGCCACAGUCGCCACCGCUGCGCCACAAAUUGUCCGUGACCCUAGUCCUGCACGCAAUCGCGCCAGCCACGUGCUCUACAUCACCAAUCUGGUGCGUCCCUUCACAGUACUGCAGCUUAAAGGUCUGCUGGCACGGACGGGAAAGAUCGUAGAGGAAGACGGGUUCUGGAUAGAUCGCAUUAAGUCGAAGUGCUUUGUUGCUUACUCCACUGAAGACGAGGCUAUUGAAACCCGCCAUGCAUUGCACGGAGUUCGCUGGCCAGUCUCUAAUCCGAAAUGUUUAAAUGUAGAUUUCGGCAGUCGCACAGACAUGGAUCGUGCAAUACUAUCAACAAAGGAUGAGGCGCCUAGGUAUGGACAGGAAAACACUAGAGAUAACCAGCAAUCCGGCAACGCUUGGUCUCGACUAGAACCGUCUGACAAAAAGCCUCUGCGCCCGGUACGCGAAUGGGAUGUGGGCAAAAAGGAGCCGAGUGACCACGACAAAGCCAGCAACGACAGACGUCGGGGGAGCAAGGAUCGACUGGACUCAAGAUCUAGGGAUGCGGAUCGCCAAGGGCAGGAUAGGAAACGGUCCAGGGACAGAGAAGGGAGAGGUCGAGAACGGGAACGAGAGCGCAUUGAUCGCAAUGCACUUGCAAGAAGUCACAGUGGAUCACCAAUGCCCAAAACAAAAAGGAGGGAGAAUGAACCGCCUAUCAGGUUAUUAGAUGAUCUAUUUCGAAAGACUAAGGGAACUCCUUGCAUAUACUGGCUGCCACUGACCCCAGAAGCGAUCGCAGAAAAGGAGGCAUUCCGUCAGAAACGUAUCGAGGAACACAAACAGCGCAUUAAGGAGCGGGAGGAGCGUCAGAAAGAGCGUGAGAAGGAUCGUGACCGCCAACGCGACACGCGUCGCAAUCGUUCCAAUGAACGGCGACGAUCCCGCAGUCGUGAGCGGGAGCGACGACGUUACUAGGCGGAGGCUUGAGAUUGAGCAAAUAAAUGUUGAAAAAAUCUCAAAAACUAUCAACAUCCAAAAAAAAAACCUAAAAUCAUAAAGCAGGAACUAAAUAUUCUGCAGGGUCCCAUAACCACCCGAAUAUUUUCUAUUUUUCGAGCGAUUUGCGUUUCAAAAAUAUAAAGACGUUGUAAUAUUCAACUUGAAGUGAAAGAACUUCGAUUUGAAUAUUUCCUCCAACGUCUCAUCCAUUUUCUGAUUUUGAGAUUUAAAACUCUCUUUUUCUCCGUUGUUUUUCCCCAAUUCAUAUAUAUAUCACAUAUAUAUUUCCAUAUAUAUAUAUAUAACCUGAUUUGAUUUCUUUCCUCAAAUGUAGCAUUUUACAGCGCCUAACGUCACUUCACCCCAAAUACAACCACAGCAUCGCCAGAUAUGCGCCGGUAUCAACAUCAACGCAAUGGAAAUUUACCAUCGGAAUCUAGAAACUCUUGCAGCAAGUUACCAUGCUUACAUCAAUAUAUUUAACUACCACAAAAUAAUUGAUUAAAUAAUUGUAAAGUCAAUAUUUCUUAAAAUUUUAAUGAACUUAGAAAUACAGUUUAACAGUCGGCAA